GUGGAGAAAACGCGGGAUAUCCGUAUGUGUGGGAAGGGCACUGUGUGGCUGUGGAUUUGUCUUGUAUAAAAAAGAAAAAAAAACAGGAAGAGGUUUUUUUAAGCGGUUGUCAGUUUUACGAAAUAAAUAACAACGCAACCAUGCCAGGAAUUGACAAACUGCCGAUAGAGGAAGCACUGGAGGACAGUCCUCAGACUCGCUCCCUGCUUGGUGUGUUUGAGGAAGACACGUAUGCCAUAUCCAGCUACUACCAUCAGCUCUUCAAGGCCAUGCAAAGGAUAUAUGAUGCCCAAAAUGAACUGAGUGCUGCAACACACCUGACCUCCAAGUUACUGAAGGAAUAUGAAAAACAGCGUUUCCCACUUGGUGGUGAUGACGAGGUCAUGAGCUCGACAUUGCAGCAGUUUGCCAAAGUCAUCGAUGAGCUCAGCUCCUGUCACGCUGUCCUGUCCACUCAGCUCGCAGAUGCCAUGAUGUUCCCCAUCACCCAGUUCAAAGAGAGGGACUUAAAAGAAAUCCUCACUCUGAAGGAAGUUUUCCAAAUAUCUAGCUCUGAUCUCGACACAGCCAUCAACAGAUACAGUCGUCUGUCUAAAAAGAAAGAGAACGAGAAGGUAAAGGGUGAAGUGAUGGAAGAUGUUUACACUUCAAGGAAAAAGCAGCACCAAACCAUGAUGCACUACUUUUCGGCACUCAAUACGCUACAGUAUAAGAAAAGGAUUGCCCUCUUGGAGCCACUGCUGGGAUACAUGCAGGCACAGAUCAGUUUCUUCAAGCUUGGAUCAGAGAACCUCACACAGCAAUGGGAAGACUUCCUCACAAAUAUUGGGACCAGUGUACAGAAUGUACGUAGGGAAAUGGACAGUGAGGUGGACAUAAUGCAGCAGACCAUCCAGGAUCUGGAAGAGGCCAGUGAUCUGAUCUACAUGCCUGACCCUGACCCUAAUAAAAUCCCAAUUAACCGCAACCUGACCCGUAAAGCCGGAUACCUCAACACUCGCAAUAAAACAGGGCUGGUGUCGUCCACCUGGGAGCGGCAGUAUUUCUUCACGCAAGGAGGCAACCUCAUGAGUCAGUGUCGAGGAGACGUGGCAGGAGGGCUGGUCAUGGACAUCGACAACUGUUCCGUCAUGGCAGUGGACUGUGAGGAUCGGCGCUUCUGCUUCCAGAUCUCUUCCUUCGAUGGCAAAAAGAUUGCCAUUUUACAAGCAGAUAGCAGAAAGGAUUGUGAAGAGUGGAUUGCAACAAUAAAUAACAUCUCAAAGAGGAUUUAUCUUAGUGAGAAGCCUGAGGAAACCGCUGCUAGAGUCAACCAGUCGGCUUUGGAGGCUGUAACACCGUCACCUUCGUUCCAGCAGCGGCAUGAGAGUUUCAGACCCAGCACGCAGGGCCGACCCCGAGCAACCCGGACCGGCAGCCAGAGCUCAGCAGGCUCGGAGUCACCCGCUCUCUCCUCACUGUCACUGGACUCCCUGGUGGCUCCAGACACCCCCAUCCAGUUUGAUAUCAUUUCCCCAGUCAGUGAAGAAAGCACACCGCAGGCUAAAAGUGCUGCCCAGGGCAGAAGGACAAACCCAUUUGGAGAGUCUGGAGAGGUGCAGUCUGGAGACAGUGAAGACUCCAUCCUGCACCAGCUCUUCAUCGUGCGUUUCUUGGGAUCCAUGGAAGUGAAGGCCACCGAGAACCCAGAUGUCAUCUAUGAGACCAUGAGGCAAAUCUUGGCAGCCAGAGCCAUCCACAACAUCUUCAGAAUGACCGAGUCCCAUCUGCUUGUCACGUGUGACUGCCUGAAGCUCAUUGACCCUCAAACACAAGUCACAAGAUUAAGAUUCCCUCUGUCCAGUGUGGUGAUGUGUGCAUCUCAUCAAGAGAACAAGCGCCUGUUCGGCUUCGUGUUGCAUACAGCCGGCGGGCGAGUUGACGGACGUCCUGUCACUGUCUGCUACAUUUUUGAGUCUAAUAAUGACGGAGAGAAGAUCUGUGAUAGUGUGGGACUGGCGAAACAGAUAGCCCUUCAUUCAGAAAUGGAUCGCAAAGCCAGUCAGAAGCAGAGGGAGCUGGCAAAAGCCAAGGAAAAGCAGCAAGAAGAGCUGACUAAACAGAAACAGAUUGAGAAGGAUCUGGAGGAACAAAGCCGCCUGAUAGCUGCCUCUAGUCGUCCAAACCCGCCAACCGCUGACGGACAGUUCCUUGUCCUCAGCAAGAGCCAAUCAGAAGACAGCGACAUUGGGGAGGAGGGGCAGAAAAGAGGCGAAUCCGACGCUUGAAAGUAAGGAACAUGAGGAUGAAAUUGAUCUCUACUUGGACUCAACUUUUCAUCCAAAACGCUUCAUUUUAUUUUAACUAUUUCCUUUAGAGCUUCUGAUUUGCUUAAAGGAAAUGACUUUUUUGCAAAAUGACUGCGGAAUAUAUUUUAAAAAAAAGACACAAGUACAGGAGAGAUGUCAUUUUAUGGGUGGGUGGAUUGGGAGAAGCUUUCACAAGCUUGUUUUAUUUGUAUUGAAUCUUGUAUUUUGUACUUUUUCCAUUUAUGACUUGUAUCAAAAAAACACUUUUAGAUGUUUUUGUGUGUGUGUGUGAGAGAGUGUGAGUUGGUGCACUACUAAAAAUUUACGUAUGGUCUGCGUGGAUGAAUGGGAUUUUAUUUUUGGAAGAAAUUGCUCGUGUGAAUAGCACAUAUUAAAGAAGGACUUGUACUAAUAGUGUAUAUUUAAUUUUAUGCUCUAACAUGCAUGCAUGUACUUCAGCUCCUGUCAGUCCACAUCAGUAACUGAAUUGUAUUGGGGUUGAAUCUAACCAGAUUGUCCCUGUGGUGAAUUCUGUACGUCUUUGCGGAUGGUCAUCCAUGUAAUUAAGGGUUGUGGAUGUGGUUACUUUUUUAAUAGAUCAAGAACAAAUAAUAAUAAUAAUUGUAAUUUUUAAACUCUUAAACUUCCAGUUUACUAUUUAGUGUAACAAUAAGCAUAUUCAUUAAUUAUUAAAUUUAAAUUUAAAUAUUGCAUAACUGCAAUGAAAGUAUGUUACAAACGUACUGGGAGUUUAAGGGGUUUUUUGUUUUUUCUUCAAAUACUACAAUCUUACAAUUGUAAAAGGAGUAUAAAGGUUGGUUUGGGGUUUUUUUUCUUUUUGGGGGGGUAUUUUUCAUGCACACAAUUUUUCACAGGUGGUUUGUUGGUUUCCAACACAAUGUAUAAUCAUGCUUUGUAAUUAACAUACUGUAAUAAUGAUGCAAAUGCACUUCAUUUAAGCACCAUGUGUUUUAAAUCUUAAGCUGUCUGUAACUAGAAGUCUUUUUUUGGGGGGGAUAUGGAUCUUAUUGUUUUUGUGUUGGGUUACUAGUUCGUUCUGACCUUCUGUCAAAAGUUGUGCAAAUUGUGUUUCUUGUAUUUCUUCUAAAAUGAUGCCCAUUUGAGACGUGGAUAAAAACACCCAAUUCAAGUGG